AAGAAAGACAAAAAAAAAAACAAAAAGAAAAACAAAUUGCUGCACAAGAGAGCUGUUUUUAAAUUUGCAAACGAGAGCGAAAGGGUUUUAUAAAAUUGCAUAGACGCAAUUGAGGAAACACAGAUUACGCUGUGCCUGCAUCACGGAUAGCAAUAUCGCUUCGGAAAUAAAAUCAAUAUAUAGAACAUACAGCUGAAGCGCAAUGGGUGCGGAGCACUCGCAACAGCGCGCCGAGGCUGAUGGCCAUGAGAUCUUCGAGAGACGUGAUGCAGCUACGGUCAGUAGCAUGGGUCAAUCGUCUAACAGUGGCUCCGCAGUUCGAAUGAGUGAUGGCAGCGCCAUGGCACUGACAGCGGCUGCAGCGGCAGCAGCAAACAAACGUAGAGGUGCUGCCGGACAUCAGAGGCAGCAGCAACAGCAGCAGCAACAGCAAGCGUUACCGCAUGGAGCUAGCAAUGGACCAGCUAGCAUUGUGAUUGCCAGCAAGCAAAUCAUUUCGGACACUGCCUCGCCUACAAGUUCCGAGCUGAGUCGACCGCCUUCGCCGCCGUUGAGCGUGUGCUCGGAUCUGCCGUAUGUUUCUUAUACAGAUAGGCCCAUCGGGGACUCACCCAAAAUACGCAACAGGCCUGCCCACAUGCUGCAACAGAGCAGCGCCAGUCGGGCCGCUGCACGCAAAUCACAUCCUGGUAGCAUUACCACAACCAUUAAGCCAAAGCGACCGCAGUCGACGGCUUCCAGUCACAACAUCGUGAUUGUGAAGCCGGGCACACGGGACAUUAAUGACGAUAUUGAUCCAGAUUUGCUGCGUCUGCGUAACAUACCUCAGUUCUUACCCGUGCUGCGAGAGUCGAUCAGCUCGGCGACAUAUACGCGAGAUACAGAAAUUCUGGAGCGUUUGAAUUCGCAGCAUCUGCUUAAUAUAUGCAGUCGAAUGCAAACGCACUUGAAUUUGUGCGCCAGCCAUGUGGCCAACGAACAGAAUCAUCUUGUGGAGCGCACAAAGGUGGUUAGCAAUUCAAUAACAACGCUCUUCGCUAGCUUCGUCGACAUGCAGAAGACGUACGCCUCGUAUGCGGAACAUUUUGCCAAAAUACGCAGCGUCUCGCAGCAGUUGAGCCGCUGCAAUUCGCUGUUGCAUGAGAAUAUUGCCAGCCUGGAAGCAAUUAAUAAUUUCCUGGACGACGAUGAUCGCCUGGAGCCGUUCGUCUGGCGUACAGACGACAACAAGCUGCGCGGCGAGGCCGAAGGCGCUGCCGGUGGCAACAGCAGUCGCUUGUGGCGUCUCUAAAUGCUUCAACUGCAACUGCCCCCAUUCCAGUUUCGCUUCCAAAGAUACUUCGUUAUUUGUUAUUAGUCUAACUCGUAACUCUAUUCUAUGUAUUUAUUGUGUAUAUUAACUUUAAAGUUUAAACAUUUACGGUAUAAAUAAUUGUGCAUGUUAAAUUUGUUUAUAAGGGUUAUUCAGAUUUGUUGUUGUUUAACACUCAGCGCGAUCUCGUACGUUAGCUGGAGACAUAGUCUGUUCCAUUUCGAACUGAAAUCAAACUGUGUAAAUAAUAAACAAAAGAUAUAACAAUGUCUUACAUAUGUAAUCAAGGAAAAGCAAUUGAUGUGUUUUAUCCACAUAUCCUUUAGAAAUGUAUUAUGAACAAAUUCAAUUAAUCAAUUGCCAGACGAU